AUGAGCAGUGAGGGUAUUAGAGGAGUGAGGUAUGAGAGGAUAGGGGAGUAUAAGAGGAGGAAUAGUGGGGGUUGUGGGAUGAGUGAGAAGUAUGAACGGAUUGGGGAUUAUGAGGAGUGUGGGGGGGAUGAGAGGAGUGGGGGGGAUGAGAGGAGUGGGGGGGAUGAGAGGAGUGGGGGGGAUAAGAGGAGUGGGGGGAAUGAGAGGAGUGGAGGGGAUGAGAGGAGUGGGGGGGAUGCGAGGAGUGGAGGGGAUGAGAGGAGUGGGGGGGAUGAGAGGAGUGGGGGGAAUGAGAGGAGUGGGGGGGAUGAGAGGAGUGGGGGGAAUGAGAGGAGUGGGGGGGAUAAGAGGAGUGGGGGGAAUGAGAGGAGUGGGGGGGAUGAGAGGAUUGGGGGGAAUGAGAGGAGUGGGGGGAAUGAGAGGAGUGGGGGGAAUGAGAGGAGUGGGGGGAAUGAGAGGAGUGGGGGGAAUGAGAGGAGUGGGGGGGAUAAGAGGAGUGGGGGGAAUGAGAGGAGUGGGGGGAUGAGAGGAUUGGGGGGAAUGAGGGGAGUGGAGGGGAUGAGAGGAGUGGGGGGAAUGAGAGGAGUGGGGGGAAUGAGAGGAGUGGGGGGAAUGAGAGGAGUGGGUGUGGGGCGAAUGAGAGGAGUGGGGGGAAUGAGAGGAGUGGGUGUGGGGCGAAUGAGAGGAGUGGGGGGAAUGAGAGGAGUUGGGGGAAUGAGAGGAGUGGGGGGAAUGACAGGUGCUGGGGGAAUGACAGGUGUUGGGGGAAUGACAGGUGUUGGGGGAAUGACAGGUGUUGGGGGAAUGACAGGUGUUGCGGUUAUGACAGGUGUGGGGGGUAUGACAGGUGUGGGGGGUAUGAUUGGAGUGCUGGAUAUGGGAGGGGUGAAAGAAUUGGGUGGUAUAUAA